GCCAGCAUUGCUGGAAUGUUCGGGAGGAAGUUGAGUAUCCUUUUAGCUGGAGAGUGGAAUCAAGUCCGGGCAUUGACUAGGAAGAGACUAUUUCCGUGAACAACAGGCGACUCUGAUUCAAUUCCGAUUAGGAGAUCGAUGGCGUCAACCUCUUCUCGUCGUCGUCAAUGGAAAUACGAUGUCUUUCUAAGUUUCAGGGGGUUAGAUACGCGCAGGGGUUUUACCCGUCAUCUGUAUUCUGCACCAACUCAGAAAGGAAUUCUCACCUUUAUGGAUGACGCAGAGCUUAAGAAAGGAAAAUCCAUUAGGCCUGAACUUUUAGCUGCAAUUGAGGACUCUAGAUCUGCGAUUGUCGUUCUCUCAUUCAGAUAUGCUUGUUCGCCAUGGUGCUUGGAUGAACUCGUCAAGAUUAUUCAAUGCAUGAAAGACAUGGGCCAACAAGUCCUCCCCGUCUUCUACAAGGUGGCUCCUUCUGAUGUGCGGCACCAAACGGGAAGUUUUGAGCUAAAAAAUUUACAUGAAGUAGAAGUAAGGGAACAUGAAGAAGUUUAUGGGAAGAAUGAUGAGGACAGAACAAAUGCGUGGAGAGCUGCUUUGACAGAGGUGGCCAAUCUUUCUGGCUGGCAUUUUACGGGUGGAUAUCCAACAAACCUAAUUGACGAAAUUGUUAAUCACAUACUAAAGAAGUCCGUGUAUACAUCUUCAAGUGUUGACAAGGGUUUCAUAGGAACGAAUUCCCGCGUUAAUGAUUUGUUAAGCAAUUACAUAUAUCCACAGCUUGGUGGGGUGCGUUUUAUAGGUAUCCAUGGCAUGCGGGGCAUAGGUAAGACAACACUUGCUCGAGCUAUCCAUGAUGAAAUUUGUCAGGAUUUUGACCGAAUCUGCUUUCUUUCCAAUGUCAGAGAAAAGUCUAAAAACAAUGGCCUAGUUUCUCUACAAGAAAAACUUCUUUCCAAAAUCCUGAUGGCAAAAGUUGAAAAUAUAGAAGAUGAAUACACAGGAGCUGCUAUGAUAGAAAAACGGUUGCGUGGAAUAAAGGUGCUUGUUGUUAUUGAUGAUGUGGAUCAGUUGACACAAUUGGAGAAAUUGGCUGGAAGUCGCAACUGGUUUGGUCCUGGCAGUAGAAUUAUCAUAACCACCACAGAUGUUCAGUUGUUAAAGGCACAUGAAGUUGAUGCUACAUACAAGGCUAAUGAGUUAAACAGGGAUGAAGCACUUCAACUUUUGAGUUUGAAGGCUUUUAAGAAAUUUCCCCCACCAGGGGAUUAUUUGCAUCUGUGCUACCAUAUUUUAGGGUAUGCACAGGGGCUUCCGUUGGCUCUCGUGGUUUUAGGUUCUUUUCUAUUUGGUAGAAGCACUGAUGAAUGGGCAAGUGCAAUAGAUAGGCUAAAGAACACACCACAUAAACGAAUUAUUGAGGUGCUUCGGAUUAGUUUUGAUGGACUGGAUAAAAAAGACCAAGAAAUAUUCUUACAUAUCACUUGCUUUUACAAGGGGAAGGAUAAGGAUCGUGUGACACAAAUACUAGACUAUUGCCAGCUAAACCCUGUCAUUGGUUUAAGUGUUCUUGCUGAUAGAUCUCUCAUAACUAUCUCCAACAACGAACUGUCGAUGCAUGAUUUGCUACAAGAAAUGGGCUGGGAAAUUGUUCGUGAACAGUCUCCUAAAGAGCCAGGCAAACGUAGUAGAUUAUGGUCUCAUGAAGACAUCAACAAUGUGCUGGAGAGAAAUACGGGAACAGAUUCAAUCCAAGGCAUGGUAAUGGAGUUGACUAAAUUACAAGUGGCUCAUUGGAAGCCAGAAGGCUUUUCAAAGUUGUCUCAACUUAGUCUUCUCCAUAUUCGUAAUGUGGACCUUCCCAAAGGCCUCACUUGUCUUUCGAAUUCCUUGAGACUCCUCGAAUGGACUGGGUAUCCCUUAAGAUCUCUCCCAAAAAAAUUUAAAGCAGAUGAACUUAUUGAACUUAACUUGUGCUACAGCAACAUUAAACAGCUUUGGAAGGGAACAAAGAAUUUUGACAAGUUGAAGUUCUUCAAACUCUGCCAUUCUCAAAACAUUGUGGAGACCCCAGACUUCGCAGGUGUUCAGAAUCUUGAGACUUUAGAUCUUGAAGGAUGUAUGAAUUUGGUAAGAAUCCAUGAAUCCCUUGGAUUUCUCAAAAAGCUUAUUUUCCUGAAUCUUAAAGACUGCAAAAGUCUCAAGAGUCUGCCAAGUAGAAUCGAAAUGGAAUCUCUUGAAACAUUAAUUCUUUCUAACUGCUCAAAACUUAAGAAGAUUCCCAAGUUUGUUGGAAAUAUGGAACGUUUGUCGGUGCUUUAUCUUGAUGGGACUGCCAUUAAGGAACUGCCUAUUUCAAUUGAACGGCUGAGUGGCCUUGUGUCAUUGAAUCUAAGAAACUGCAGAAAUCUUGUUUGUCUCCCAAGCACCAUCAAUAAAUUGAAGUCUGUUGAAAAUAUUAAUCUUUCUGGAUGCUUGAAACUCGGCAAACAUCAGGUAAAUGUGGGGGAGAUGGACUUUUUUGAGGAAACUGAUGUGGAUAGUGGGUCUGCAAUAGAAACGUCAGCUAUGCAUGAUCUCAUAAGAUAUGUGAGAGGUUCAAUCUUUCAUGGAGGCGAAGUAGUUUGGGGAUCUUUAAGUAAGUUCCUGCAUUCUGGAUUGGUGCAAAAAGUGAAUAAAGAGCCAUUGAGUUUCCGCUUGCCUAUAUCUGGUCUGUGUAAUUUAACAUAUCUAAACCUGAGUAAUUGCAAUCUUGGUGAAGAAGCAUUUGCCAAUGAAUUUGGUCACUUUCCCUCUUUGGUGACCUUGAAUCUAAGUGGAAACAAUUUUGUUCGUCUUCCUUCCGGCAUUGGAUUGCUUUCCAAGCUUGAGAACUUUAACUUGGAGAAUUGCAAGAGACUUCAAGACUUGUCAGACCUUCCAUCAAAUAGUAUACUAGAUUUAAGGGCAGAUGGUUGUACUUCACUGAAAUACUUGUUUGAUGCAUCAAAUUUGAACAGAUUAAACAAAUCAUAUUUCAAUUUCAUCAAUUGCUUCAAUCUAAAUGGCAAUCAAGGAUGCAGUAACAUAGCAUUUGAAAUGCUGAAGACAUUCAUGUAUCAGGGAAUCUGUAAUGAGAGGGAAACUUUCCAAAUUGUAAUUCCUGGAUGUAAUAUUCAUGAGUGGUUCAGCCAUCAGAGUGUUGGGUGUUCAUUAAGUGUAGCUCUACCUGCACAUUGGAAUAAGAGUCGGUUUUUGGGAUUUGCUUUGUGUGUUGUUUUUGUACUCCAUGAGCACCAGCCGGUGGAUGAGCUUUAUAUAGAUGAAUUCAAGACUUUUAAUGCAACGCAUCAUCUUGUAUGUUGCCUGAAGCUCGAUGGAAGAGAAUUGGAAGUAUAUGGCAGAGACAGCCUGCAUUUCGCUUUAGUGAAGAAUUUUGCCAGGUUGAAUCAGAUCACCUGUGGCUAUUCUAUGUGUCUUGUGAUAAAUACUUUGGUACAGAGUGGUGGCAUGAUAGUUGCAGUCAGCUUGAGUUCUUAUUUGAAACCAGAGGGCCGGGUCUGAAGGUGAAGGAGUGUGGAGUUCGUCUGAUAUAUGAGCAAGAUGUGCAAGAAUUGAACCAAACCACCACUCAAUCAAGCAGUAGGAUGUCUCCAUAUGAGGUUAUAUUGAUUGGUUUUGACAUUCCAGUUGUGGGGGAAACCAGCGGCACUAGUAGCAGAACUUGCAUGCUUGAAGAAUUGUAGGACUGGCCGAAGUAUAGGGGAUCCACCACUGGCCACUCUGAAAGACCACAAUCAAGGACUUUCUGAUCCCAUGGUUGGAAAUGAGUUGCAGAUCAUGAAUGGCCAAUGCCUCCUCUUCUCUCAUUUGAAUUUCUGCAUUAGUUACUUUCUGGAGAUCUCUUGCCUUCAUCUUUUACAGUUAGGUUCAAGGUAUUCCAUGUGAUAUAGAUAGCGAGGGAGGCAGUACAUAAGUAUAAAGGUUACUUGAACUUUCCUUGAGUUGUGCAAAUUCAUGAUUCUUUCUGUACCAGAAAACUGUUUACGGCGGUGAACAACUACACUGCCGCCGAUAUUCAUGAUUCUCUGCAGUUCCAGCUUCAGUAGGUAAAUUUUCUUUCAAUCGCUUCUCCAUUAUAUAUAACUUGUAUGUAAUUGCUCUCUCUGUUCGUGUUUGUUGUUUUUGAUUGGGCAUGCACCUUAGGGUUUAGUUUGGUACCGAAUACGAGUUUCUGUAAUGUAAUACACUCUGUCUUGUAAAAAGGUGAGACCAGUGAUUUUUUUUACUCUGAAAUUGGAGACAAUGAGGCUAAAGGGGGAAUUGAAAUUCAAAAAGUUUUAUAAUUUAUGGUUAAACAAUAUGAAUUAGUUUCCCAUGGAUUUGUAUGCAACACAAAUGUCCACUUUUUCAAUAUGGAUGUUACGGUAUUGGAAAUAUAUGCCUUGUCCUGUUCCGGAUUCGGGCUCCCCUUCAUAAUAGGGUGGCUAUUUGCUCAUUUCAGGCUGCUUUUGUGUCAUUUCAUCAUCGAGUCAAGUAGACGAGUACUAUUGAACCCUAACUCAUACAAUAACUCUAUAAUACUAUUUGGAUUUCAUACAUUAUCAUAUCAUAGUCACUUUAUUCGUAUCAUUCUGUGUGUAAGUUAUACAUUAUCAUGUUUCACAAUUGGGUUAUUUGUGAUGUAAUCAACUUUUUUACUAUUGGGGGUAGAAGUUGAAGUCAUUUAUGGGUUCAUUUCAAGUAGCGAGGAAUCCAACUGCACUAACCUCACAUAUGCAAAAAUAUGAAGGAAAUCUGGCAAUCUUCCAGAGCUUGUCUGCUGGAAUUAAUUUGGCAUAUUACUGUUUCCCUUUACCUUACACAGUAUUUGGACAUAGUUGAUAAACUUCAUGGAUUAUUCAUGCAUAUAGUUUUUUACUGUUUGUAAAAGUAAACUCCCUUAACCAUUGUAGCUUCCAGAUCAUUUCAGCGUUUAUACUCUUGCAAGAUACAAUGGUCAUGGUGAUAGAGAAUUCAGGAUGGAAAUACAUCUCGGGUAUGGUGAUGAUGUUGACUGGGAUACUGAUGAUGAGCUUGAGACUGAAAACUACUUCACUUUAUCUUCUUCAGCUAAUCCAGGCUCUGGGGAGGCUAGCUCAUCAUCAGGCCCUUCCCAAACCAAGGUUUCUGAUCAUUUUGUCCGCAUGGGAUUUUCUCAUAAUAUGGUUGCCAAAUCCAUCCAAGAACAUGGACUUGAAGAUGCAGAGUCAAUUCUUGAAACCCUCCUCUUGUAUAACAUGAGUAUUAACUGGACUUGAGUGGAAUUUUUUUUAUAAGGCUUCCUGCAACCAUUAGAUCACUUGUGAAGCUUGAAAAUAUUAAGUUGGAGAGUUGCAGGACACUUGAAAAGUUAUCCGUGUAAGGGUGGAUGGUUGUUCUUCACUGGAAACUUGAUGAAUGUAAUUUCAGCAGUUUGGAGAAAUCAUAUUUCAAUUUCAUCAAUUGAUUUAAAUUAAAAGAUGAUCAAGGCAGCUAUAACAUAUCAUUUGCAAUGCUGUAGACAUACCUUCAUCAGCUAGGUUUCAUAUUUAUCGCAAUGAAAGAUGUUAGUUCUGCUGCAACAAUGCUCAAUUCAAUUUGGUUGGACCCCUUGAUGCGGCCGUUCUGUAGCAUCGUAUUACUCCUGUUUCUGAAGCUAUACUGAAUCAAUGGAUGGAUGGUCCAGUUCGGGAAGCAUGCCUAACAGUUGCUUCACUAGACAUCAUGCAGGGUUGUCAUAGCUACCUGUUUUGUAGACCGUUCUGCUCUUGAAGGCGCAAAUAAAUGCAUCAACUGGUGGAGUCGAUCUGCCUGAACUUUUACAUAUCAUGCAAGUCCUGAAAACUUGCUCAUGCAUGCAUCUUAUGGAUGUGUUCUCUGAGGGUUACUGAAUACAAAGGUGCUACUCCAACACAAAUAUGAAAUAAGGUUGCCCUAGUACUUGGUUGAAUUCCAAGUGAAUAGAUGUAUGAUUUUACUCAUUUCUAUUCUUAUUUUACAAAUGAAUUGAUUUUUGA